AACUGAAAUCGAUCUAACCAAAUAGAAAUAUAUUCAAACAAUUUAUUCUGAUCUGAAUUGAUAAAAACCAACUGAGAAUAUUCAAAACACACCAUUUGCGUUUUAAAUCGUCUAACAUUUAAGUAUUGUCAAAACGUACAUGAUAACGCGACAACAGAUUAACUCUCUCCACGUUGUCACCCAUAUAUUUAAACCAGGAAAAAAUAAUCUUCAAUCACAACCAAAAUUGCCGCAGGCAGUACAAAAAAGCCUGUUUACUUUCCAACUCUUAUCAAAAACAUCCGACUAAGCCGCUACCGCCGCCGCAGGUUCCAAGAAAGCAAACCCCGGCAACACACACACACUGUAGGAUGUUCUACCCAAAAGCAGCCAGCAUCCAAGAGCUGCAAGUCACGGAGAACGCGAGACAUAUUUAUUACACUGCCCCGAGCCAUCGACGGCCGUUAAUCAAAUGUUGGUGCGCCAUUAAAAUCCGACGGAAUUGAACGAAUCGGGAAAUUGUACUGUUUUGGGUUGUGUGCGAUUCAACGGCAGAAGAGUUCAACUCCAAGGUCGCCGUUCGGGUGUCUUAUGCAAUCUGAAAUAUUGCCGAUGUAGGAUUAUCAGUUCAUGACCAUAGACACAAGCUUUCAUGUGGGGAAGAGUUAGGUUUUGCUGGAAAAAAUUUUGUCAGUCAUCAUUGGAGGUUUGAUUUGAAAACAUGUUCUGGAAUUUUGAGCAAGAGUAGAUAGUGGAUUAAAGUGGAACUAUGAAGCUAACAGUGUUUGCAAAAAUCUUAGUUAUUGUACUUGUAGCGUUAUUGAGCAAUGAAAUCGAUGGCUUCUUAACGUUUAAAUUAGAUUUUAGUAUGUUUGUUAUAACGUUAUGAUUCUGAACACGAGAAUAAUCGGUUUAAAAUUCGAAGGUUCGCUAUGGGCAAAGCAACAGACCCGGCCCAUCCAGGUUCCGUUGACGGCGAAGAUGAAGACCUACGCCGGGGAAGAGUGUGACCGGGUUUGCAGUGCCACCGAGGCACCUCGCAUUUGCUAUUUCAAGUGGAUCGCCGAGAGCUAUGCAGCGAUGGGAUCGGCCUGCAAAGAGUGCCGAUGGGGCAACCAUUCCGACUGCUUCCACCCGCAGUGCAUCACCGCCGACGGAAUGGAACGGAGCGUGGUGACGCUGAACCGGCAAAUCCCGGGACCCACGAUCGCCGUCUGUCGGAACGACGUCAUCGUGGUGGACCUGCUAAACCACAUGGAGGGCUCGGCCGGUGCGAUUCACUGGCACGGCAUGCACCAGAUGCAGACGCCCUGGAUGGACGGCGUUCCGAUGGUGACGCAGUGUCCGAUUCCGUUCGGGGACAUCUUCCGGUACGUGUUCAACGCCAGCGAGCCGGGAACGCAGUUUUACCAUUCGCACGCCGGACACCAGAAGGCCAACGGGCACUUUGGGUCGCUGAUCGUGCGGAAUCCGAGUGAUUUGAACAGAGAGUUGUAUGAUGCGGAUCUGACCGAGCACAUCAUUAUUAUCGCGGACUGGACGCUGGACAUGGCGGAGAAGUACGUUCCGGGGCUGCAAAGUAGCACCAUCCAGAUGGAUUCGAUUUUGAUCAAUGGAAGGGGAAGGCAUUUUGAUGAAGAAGAACAAGAGCUGCAACAGUCUCCGCUGACGGUUUACCGCGUAGAGCAGGGCAAACGCUACCGCUUCCGGGUAAUCAGCAGCGGUAGCCAGUUUUGUCCAUUUCAGUUACAAAUUGAACACCACAGGAUGCAAAUCAUUUCGACAGACGGUGGCGCUGUCCAGCCGCUGGUCGUGGACACGCUCGUUUCGACGUCCGGCGAACGGUACGAUUUCGUCCUUUCGGCAGACCAAAAACCAGGAAACUACUGGGUACGAGUACGAGCCAUCGGCUUUUGUGACAUCCAGCGGAAGGAGGAGUAUGCCGUCCUUUCGUACUCGCCACCGGCCGACGUCAGCGACCAAGAGUUGGCCUUUCCGACGGUGGAACCUCCCGGCUGGGACGAGCCGUAUCCGGUUGGUGUGAUCCUGAACCACCCAAACACCACCUGCUACCAGCCCGGGGAUCAGUCCGUGUGUGCCGCUGACCUGGAAUCCCACGAAGUUCACCGGGACGAUGCCCUGAUCGAUGCGAAGCCGGACAAAAAGUUUUACAUCGCAUUUGACACGUUCCAGGCGGACACCAACCUGCUGUUCUCGGAAAACGGAUACGUCCGCUACAUGACUGUGGCCCUAACGUUCAACAACAUUGGCAUCACGAAUAACAUCAGCAUGGUGAACUUGCCGUUUCCGCCGUUGACCCAACCGGACCUGCUGGCCACGGUGGCGGACCAAUUUUGCAACUCGACCUCCAAACCGGCCCGUUGCCUGCCCGACCGGGCCUGCUUCUGCACCCACCGGCUCCAGGUGGCGCUGAACGACGUGGUCGAGAUGUCACUCAUCGACGAUGCCGACCAGAUCCGCGAACUGUACCACCCGUUCCAUCUGCACGGCCACCGGUUCAUCGUGAUGGGCCAGGGCCAGGUGCCACCCGGGACACGACGCCAGGUGGACAAGUUUGCGUGGUUAAAAGCCCAAGCCCCCCGACGCGGUGGCAUGCCGGACAGCCAUAAUCCACCCUACAAGGACACCGUGUCCAUCCCGAGCCGGGGCUACACCAGAGUUCGGUUCCGCGCCGAUAAUCCAGGCUUCUGGCUGGUGCAUUGUCAUUUCGAGUGGCACCUUGGCAUCGGAAUGUCCCUCAUCCUGCAGGUGGGAGAUGUCGACCAGAUGAAAAAGCCCCCGCCCGGAUUCCCCACCUGUGGCCACUACAGACCGGACGCGGAGAGUAUUCUGGGAAUGGUUUGAAUAUUGAGUGCAGGCUUAAAUUGAGGACAGCUCGAAGCUUGUGUUGUGGGUUGUGAAAUUUAAUUACCAACGGUUAAUUUUAGUGAUGAAAAUAGAGUACGAUAAUUAAAUAAGAAAUUUUAAAAAUC